AUGUUUGAAGAAGAAUAAGAGUAAGAUAGAGAACUUGUUCAUUAGAUUUUAUGUGAAGUUCUAGGCGAAAAUUACAUGAAUGAGCCCUAUGAUGAUGGCGAUGAUUCUUCUAUGAAAUCUUCAGUUGAUAUUCAAGCUUUAAUCGAAGAACAAAGUAUUUCUAGUAAUAGUCUUCUAAGUGGAAGAGAAGGAAAGGUAGGUGGUAUUUAAAGUAAUAAGAAUGGGUUUGAAUAGGGAGAAGUUGAAAACAUUUUAAGAGUUAUUGAUAAGAAUGAGAAGAAUAAAUUAAAUAGUUAAGAAUUAGCUUGGGAAAGUGAUUAAGAUGAAGAUAAUUCAUCGCAAGCAUUAGAUAAUUCACAGAUAUUGAAAGAUUAAACAAACGACGAUAUGUUUGAUGAAGUUGGAAGAUAAGAAUUAAAUGAUUUGAUUAUUUCAGCACAAGAUGUGUAGAAGGCAGACAGAAAAUAUCCUCAAAUUUUCACAUAAAUUUAGGAAUAGAAUUUUGUUUAAGGCGAUAACAUUAGCUUUUAUUUGCACAAUCUUGUUUUUAAAUUUUCAUAAAAACAUCCCCAGUUUUUGUUUACUUGCUUUUAAAUAUACUAAGAAAAUAAUUGCUUAGAAAGACUAUUAUUAGGAUGUUAAGAUGGAUCGUUUGUAGUACUUGAUGCAAAUCCUAAUUCAGGAUAAGAAAACUAUACCUUUUUUAAGUUGAAUCAGCAAGUACAUGGAGCUAUUUCUUGUAUAGAUGUUUCAUAUAAUGGGAAUUUUGUUGCAACAGGUUUUGUUGAUGGUACUUUAGGAUAUUGGGAUAUUUCUAAAAAGCAAUGUGUAAAAAUAAUAUCAAACCUUUUUGAUAGUACAAUUUUAUAAGUUAAAUUCUUAAAUGCAGAAUAGUUAAUAGCAAGUGAUAAUAGCGGCAAUAUUAUGAUAACUAAAAUAAAAAAAAACCUAUUUGCUUACAAUAAUGAAAAUAAAGUAUUGAUUUAGAAUUCUUCGUCACCUUUUUAUCAAAUAAAGUUAAGAAGAGCCAUAUUUAACUAGCAAGGAUAGUAAAAAGCUUGUUUACUUGCAGCUUUAGUUUCAGUUGAGUUUAUAUUAAUUGUGAUGAUAGAACCAUAAGUGGUGAAUAUAACAAGAAUAGAUAAUGAAUAAAAUAAUAAAAUGAUUUAUUUCUCAUGGACUCCAAUUAUUCAAAACACUCCUCCUCAAUUUGCUAUUUCUUGUGAUACUUUGAUUAAAUUUUACUAAAUUGACAGCAUUAAAGAAGAUACAUCACAAAAAAUCAUUAAAAAAAUAUCUUUUUAGAGUUACUUUUACAGUGAAAAAGAAAUACUUUUUAUGGAAUUCUUAAAUGAAAAUUUGAUAUUUUAUUUAGACCCUAACAAUUUAAUAAGCAUCAUUGCUGUAAAUAAAUUUAGAACAUCAGACACCUUUUAAGUUAUUCCACAAAACACCCUUGUUGAUAAGUAUAUUUUAAAGCAUGAAGAAAUUAAAGAAGCUAUAGUAUAUAGAGAUUUUCUGAAGUCUGAAGUUUAUUAUCAUAUGUUUGUAAAGGCUAACAAUGAGUUAAUCAGAAGCUGCUAUGCUAAUUCUGUUAAUGUUUAUAACUAAACUAUUUACAUUCUAGAUAGUAGAAAUAUUGUCAACGCAUAGCUGCAAUUCUGGGAAUCUUAUAUUAAUAAGCUCAUAGAAAAGAGUGAUUGGAUAUAGGCACUCUUUAAGCUUAUUCAAAUUUUUGAAGGUAAAGACCUCUUAUACUCUCAUCUUUCAUCCUAAAAAUUACAGAGACAAAAAUAAAUACAACGUUUUGUUGAGUCUAUAUCAAGAAGAUACAUUGAAGAAGUAGCUUCUAUUUUAAGCGAAUAAAACAGUGAAGAACUUUGGAUUAUGAGAAUUUCAACUUUAACUGAGUUCUUGUUGCAUUUAGAGUUUUAUGAUUUUAUUUUUGAAGACCUUUUGAUUAUGUUUGAAAAUAUAGCAGCUGAUUAAUAUUUCAUGAAGAUUUUAGAACCAUUUAUUUUAAGGGGAUAAAUAAAAGCUGUUCCUGCUUUGGCUUUUAGAAAAAUUUUAAAUUACUUUUUCACCUAAGCGAAGGACAAGAUUCAUUUAGUUAAAAAGCUUAUCGUUAAUUUAGACCUAGAAAAAAUGGACAUAGAUAAUAUGAUAAGAAUAUGUAAUGAAAAAAAGCUAUUUUCAAUGCUAGCUUAUCUUUAUCCUAAGAAUAAUUUAGAUUUUAAAACACCUGCUUUAGUAUGCUAUGCAAAUUAUUUAUAAGGAUAAAAAUUAGAUACUAAAACUGCUUACUUUUGUUUAUGGUACUUGCGAUAUACACUCCAAGGAUACUAAUUUCCAAAUGAUUUCUUAGAUUUUAAAUCACAGACAGCAGCAGUUAUAUAAUUGGUAUAGUGGAUAUUUGUGAAAGAAACUCUUUAAGAACUCAUAAAAAUUGAUUGCUUCUUUAUGUUUGAAAUUAUCCUUUUAUUUUUUGAAAAACCCUGUAGUACUAUAAUUGAAUAAAAUAAUAAUGAACUGUAUAAAUUGCUGGAAAUAGAUAAUAAAAUAAAAACUCGUAAAUAAAUAAAUGAAAAAGAGAUAGAUUUGUUGGAAGCUACUCCACCAGUCCAUUCAUUGAUGAUUUAAUUAGUUUAGGAAUGUGUUUAAUAAAAUAAUGUAGAUGAAAUUUAGUGCUUUCAUCAUUUAAUUCUUGAAGUUUCUUAUCGAGACUUUGAAGUAUCACAUACUAUGGCUAUUGAAUGUGCUAAAUUCUUUUUUGAGAGUCCUGAUUCUAGUUUUUAUAGAAGCAAGAAGCAUAUGAGCAUAGACUAUAAGAGUGAGAGAUUAAUAAAAUUACUGUCUACUUAUGAAAGCUAAAUAAACACUAAAGGAAAAAUAGAAAAAUUAAUACAAAAAGCACGAUAUUCUCCUUUUAUAGAAGUUUGUGCUUUCUUGUGUUUUAUAAACUAAGAUUACUAAGAGUGCAUAGAUUUAUAUUUACUCUCUCCUAAAAAACAUAUUAACUUGAAAAUAUUUCCUUUCUUAGAAACUCUAUUUGAAGAACUCAAUAAAAAUAAAGAUAAUUAAAAAAUAAAAGUACUGCUAUAGUAUAUUUUUACUUCAAAGCUUAAAGAUCUUGUUAGACUAGAUUCUGAAAAGACUAAAGAAUUCAUUGAGAAAUUUACUACAGCAGGAGAAGCUGAUCAGGCAAUAGAAUAGCUAUCAUAAUUCCCUGAGUUAUAAUUUAAGCUUCUAGAUAAAAUCAUUUAAAGUAAAAGAAACAAAUAAUAAGAUAUUCCAGAACAUUUACUAGUCCUUUAGCUAGAAUUAGUAGCCAAGUUAAAUCCUGCUAGAGUUCUUUUCGAGUUAAAAAGCUUCGAUUAUCCUCUUGAUGAAAGUCUAAAAAUUAGUUUAAAAUACGGCAUUUUAGAUGCAACUGCUUACCUAUAUGAAAGAAGUGGAGAUAUAACUAAAUCCAUCAAUUUAUACUUUGAAGUUUUUAAAGGAAAAUUAAAUUAAUUAAUAACUUAUCCUGAUGUAAAUGAAAACAAACUAACUCACCUCACUUAAUUUAUAAAACCAUGUUUAGAGAUAUGUAUUUCCCAUAAUAAGAAAGGAGAUAAAGAAUCUGAGGAAAACUGGUUUUUAGUAGUAGACAAUAUUAUAAAUAUUCAAAAGAAAACUGUUGCAGAAUUUUAGUUUGAUAAAAGAAUAAUUAUCAAUUUCUUCAGUAAUGUGAUCAAUGAAGUGGUUGAAAAAAUGGUUAACUUUGUUAAAUUUAAUUCUUUCAUAGAAAAUCUUUUACUUAUCCUUUAAAUUUACACUUUGAAAGACAUGAAAUCAACAUUUUAGAGAUUGCUCCAUGAUUUUUCUUUUGAAUUUAGUGUAUUAAAUAGCUCAAUUAGCAUACUCAAGUUGAAUUGUAACAAAUAACAGCAAUAAAUACUCCAGUUCUAUUCUUAAGGUUACAGUAUUUAAAAGUAGUGUUGUUCAUGCUAAGAAAUUAUUGGUCCAUAAGAUGUUUAUAUUUUAUUUAAUUGCAAACAUACUUCUCAUUAGAAAUGUUCCUUUAAUUAAACAUAUUGUCCCGUUUGUGUUGAAAAUCCUGAGUUUUUAUGGAUAUAAAAUAUUUUUAAGCUUAAAGUAUACAAAGGGUCUUCAAAGGAAUAAAUAUUAUAGUAGGAAAGAGUAUCAACUGGUAAAUAGGAAAAUCUAGCUGUACUUAAGAAAAAAAAUAUUUUCAAACAACUAAACGAGUUAGAUUAAAAGAAGAAGGACUUACAAGAAACAUAAUACAAAAGCAUAUUUGAAGAGGUUACUGAUUUGUAUUGA